AUUGUUUCCUAAUCUAGUCGUCUACUAAACCUAGCAUUGCGUGUGUUUGUGUGUGUGUGUAAUUAUUAUUUACUUCAGCGGUUUUUGUAGUAAACUACAUUACCCAUGAACCCUUGCUGCCGGCUCUAAAUCUUACAGGAAAUCGCAUGGAUUUAUCAACAUCUCUGCUGCUCCUAACCGUCACAUAUGAGACAGAUGGCGUGAGACAGAUGGGCGGAAAAUAGGACACGCAAAUACAACGAGACGAACGCGCUUGUGCUUAUCGAGAGACGCGUAAAGAGCGGGGAAUGAUGGUGGAUAACCGGCACGCCACAGCUCUGGUCAUCGCCGGGGUUUUAAGCGUCCUGGCCUCCGUGUAUCUGUCGGUGUCGGUCGGCUCGCCGCACUGGUACCGGUACACGAGCCCGCCGGUGCGCGCGGAGCCCAACGCCACGGAGCUGCGCGCGCUGCAGGACGAGUUUCUGGAAGGAGACUUUGACGAGAAAACCGUGAGCGACGCGCUGUUCCGCAUGAACGGGACGCUCGGACUGUGGUGGAGAUGCAUCCAGACGCCCACUGACGCGCACUGGUACAGAGAACCCGAUCCAAAGAUGGUGAUGGAGUGUGUGAGUUUUACUCUCUCGCAGCAGUUCACUCCAAAAUACAAAGAGCCCGGAAAUCACAACAGUGGAGAAGAUAUGAUACGAACCUGUGAGCACACAAGCACAC